UAACAGUCGCCAUAUUGAAUUAAUACGGUGGCGAGCGCUUUGUAAUUUCAGUUAAAAUUAAAUAUUUGUAAAUGAAUGAAAUAAAUAUUUGGUUAAAAUUCCUUUUCUACAAUGUUAUAACUUUACGGAAAAUUUUACUAUUUGUCUAAAUUGUGAAUUAAAGUGUAAUAUAUAACUAAGUUCUGAAAAAGUUUUCGAGGUCUCAUAGGCAACCAAGUAGUGAAGGGUUUAAGAACCAAAAGUGCUGGUUACUUUGGUGCCUAUAACAUGAUAUGUAGCAUUUCUUCAUUAUGAAUGGAGAAAUAAAUGGAAUUAUGGAUAAAUCAUUAGAUUCACCUGCAGACCUAUCUAACAUACAAGAUGACCAUAAGAAUUCAGAUGCUAAAGAUGAUCAUGAUGACACUGAAAGUGAUAGUAGUACCAAUGUGAAAGGUAGUGUAUUGAUAACUCAAAGUAUUACGGUAGAUGAUGGUUCUUCCAUUGAAACCAAAACUAAUAGUGAUUCCGAGCAGUCUGACAGCAACAGUAUUCAUAAUAAUGAUGAUAAGAUAAUACUUGUACGUGAAGCUGGUACUGUAAAAAUGGCCAUCCAAGAUGAUAACUGUGUUACUGCAGAAAAUGAAUGUGGAAACAGCAAUGACUCUUAUACUGGUUCAGAAACCAGUUCACAGGCUAAGUCUAUAGAGCAACUCAAAAUCACCAGUAUUGAUAUAAAAUAUAAUUAUACAGGAAAAGACACUUCAAAUAGUUGUGACAAUACACAAAACUCAGAUAAUACAGAGGAAUCAUCAGAUGAUUGUUCUGAGCCUAAAGCAGAUGAUGCAGUAAGCAUCAACUCUGACUCUGGCGAUGAUGGAUCUUCACAGGGAAGUGACAAUAAACUUAAAAGAACAGAGGUAAUCUUGAUAGAUAAUGAUAGGUCAGAUACACAAAAUGGGAAUUCACAUGAUGCUCACAGUCCAGAAGUCCAUGAAAUAGAAAGUGAUAAUGAUGAAACAUUUACUGAACCAGUAGUAGAAAAACCAAAAUCAAAUACAAAUAAUAGCAAAACAGUUCUUAGAAGAAGCAGUAGAACAAUAAAGAGGAGGAAAUUCAGUGAUGAAAUAGAAAAUGGUGAUGACUCAGAAGUGGAAGAAAUAGAAAUGCUGGAUCCUUUACGGCAUAAAAUGAGACCAAUAGUCAUCAAUGAUACUAAAACAUUGGUUGAGAUGGCAGCAAAACAUACAAAGGCAAGUCAGAAUGACAAUAAGAAGAAAGAACCAACAGUUGUUAUAAUUGAUACACAUGCUAACAAGCAAACAAUAAACAAAACACAACCUUCAAUUAAUUCUACAAAUGCUCAAACUUUAUAUCAGAAUAUGAUUGCUCGUGGAACUACAGUUACCCCUGUUAGUAGUAAAAGUAAUGCAACAAACAAUAAUAGCUCCUCACAGACUCAAACAAUUCUACCCUCACUUACAGAUGAUAUGUAUGUGGUUGAAGCACCAUCUUUUAUUGUACCAUACGUGUACGAAAAACCCUCUUUGCAACCUUUUAGAGAAUUUGUAGACAUAUUAGGUAAAGAGCUAGAAGAACAAAAAGCCAAAGAAGACAAAGAGCGAUUAGAAAAAAAUAACAAAGAGAAAGAGAAAAGAGCCAAGGAAAUGCAUGAAAAAAUAACCAAAGGAGAAGAAGAAGUAGAGGAAUCUGAAGAAGAUGUGGAUAUGGAGAAAAAGAAGAAAACUGAAAAAAGAGAGCGACGAAGGCAUGGGAAUGAUGAUGAUGAUGCAUCUUGGGAUGGUGAGUCAUCUUCAGAGUCUGAAGAUGAUGUAAUUAGUGAUGAAGAAGAUAAAAUUCUCAAAGAUAAAGUUGAUCCAAUAGAUGAUAUCAAGGAUGUGACUGAUAUAGUAACUGACAAAACCGUUGGUAAAUCUGAGAGCUACUUUGAUUGUUCACUAGGCAAAUUUUUUAUGGAUAUUGGUUACAACCUUGUUCAAGAAUUUGUACAAAGUGAUUUGCUCAAACAGCAGAACCGUAAAUUAAACAGGGAAAAGAAAUCUGGCCAUAGCACAAAGGCUACCGAAUCAUCAAUAGCAUCGCUCAUGAAAAAUUUGGAAUUAAGCAAAGAAAAUAAUGCACCUUAUGCUUAUCUGCAGAAUAAAUGUCAAUUUUGCACCUUUAAGACUGAGUCUACCCUUGUAAUGGCCAAUCAUUUAGAAACACCUCACAUGAAAAAUAAUUUGUACAAGUGUAACUUUUGUGAAUUUGAAAUUCGAAGCCCACAUGAUAUUUUGAGGCAUAUGAAAGCUGAGCAUAAUAUUGUAGGUAAAUUAGAAAAAGCUCCAUCUUAUCACGAGUGUCCUAAUUGCCCGUUUGAAGAUAAUGGUAAGGGUAAAUUAGCUCGUCAUCAAAUACCUUGUGCUAAAAAAUUUAAACCAGCUAUCAAUUUAUCACCACCAAUUGAAUGGGAGCCCCCAGCAAAAAUACCAAAGAUAACAAAAUCGCGUAGUAAUGUGAUGGGCCCGUAUCAAAACCAGUUUAACCGCCAUGUUGGUAAUAAUAUUAACAGGCCAAUGUCAGUAACAAAUAUGGCACCAGGAGGCAGUUUCCGCCCUCGAGGUAGAGCACCAUUGUCAAUGCCUCCUCGGGGCGCACCCAUACCUGUUCAUGGAGCUCCUAUUAUACGUGGAGGUGUUAUGAUUAGGCAUAAUUCUCCUGCUGCUUCUUCAAAUUAUCCGACAAAAAAUAAGCCAGGGCAGCAGCCAUCUAUAUCGAUAACGCCCUUGCCACGGCAACCGCAACCUGCACAGGCAGUUCAGAAUGUGCAGGCAUCAAAAGGCUCGUUUGUGAUUUGCGAGAUCUGUGAUGGUUACAUAAAAGACCUAGAGCAAUUGCGAAAUCAUAUGCAAUGGAUUCACAAAGUUAAAAUUCACCCAAAAAUGAUCUACAACAGACCACCACUGAACUGCCAGAAAUGUCAAUUUAGGUUUUUCACUGACCAAGGUUUGGAACGACAUUUAUUAGGCUCGCAUGGUCUUGUUACUAGUUCUAUGCAAGAAGCAGCAAAUAAAGGCAAAGAUGCAGGCCGAUGUCCAGUUUGUGGCAGAGUAUAUCAAUGGAAACUUCUUAAUCAUGUUGCUCGUGAUCACAAUCUAACAUUAAAGCCAGCACAUUUGUCUUAUAAAUGUACCGUGUGUACUGCCACAUUCGGAAUGUAUAAACUGUUCGAGAACCAUGUUUAUUCAGCUCAUAGUGUAGUUGCAAAACGCGUUAUGGACAAAAACAAAAAUAAUACACCAUCUGCCAAAGCUUCAGCAAACAACGACUCACUCUUGAAACCCUUGAAGAUAAAUGAUGAGAUUACUAUUAUCCCACAGCCAGUUAAAGCAAGUGCUGCUAAUUGUGCUAAAGAUAAAUAAGGAAAUAAAGCAGAACUACUGCAACAGGCUUGCCGUUAACUUCAUAUCAUUUUAAGAUAGUCUCAUCAUAUGAAUUCUUGGGAAAUUAUAAAUAUUGAACUCUGAUUUUUAGUGUACAUUCCUAAAACAUUAAAUAAUAUACAAAAUAGGAUAAGAUACUAAAAUGUACUGUGUAAGUUAUGGCCAGGAGACUGGUUGCACAAAUAGAUUAUAAAAAAAUAUUAUGUAUGUAGUUUUAUACAUAACUAUGUAGAGUUCCAAUGGAACAACACACACUGCCGAGGCUUACAAAGUCAGUGAUAUAUUAAACAAGUUUUACACAACUGUUGGUGUCCAAUAUCGAUUUUAUAGUAUUUGUACAUUCAAUUAUAAACAAAAUUAUAUAAUUAGAUUGUCCUUAUAACAAACUUAAACAUGGAAGAAUUAAAGCAAAUAAAUGUAUUAAAUGGAAGUAAUAUAUUAUAUGGUAGAGUAGGCCUGGUUUAUAACACUGAAUUUUACCACUAAGUUUAUUCAAAACACAGAUAUUCUUAUCAAUGUUGUUUAAGAGUUAUUAAUUCUAUAAUAAGAAUGUUAAAAGAGAUUAUAACAAAAACAGGUUUCUAUAUUGUCAUUAUGUAAACUGUAAAGGUAAAUAAUUUGACCAGAACAUAAUAUUGAAAUAAAAACGAAAAGUACAAUACGGUCCAUGUGCCUCAUACUCUUAAGAAAUCAUAAGAAAUAUAGUUUGGAAUGUAUACUAAUUCUUGGAGCUUAUAGAACAUUUUUUAAUAAGUGCUAAAUAUACCUCAACGGAUUAUUAGUUUUUGAGAUAAUAUAUUGAAUUUGUUUUAUUGUAAUAAAAAAUUUAAAACUUUGGUUUAAUGAUAAGUAUUGGUAAUUAAGUGUAGUUGAUAACUGAUCAUCUACACAUAUGCAAAUUGUAAUGUUACUGAGGUAGCUCAGCAUGUGUGAACUUACAAAUAUUAGUGAAUGUUACAGAUUAGAUUAUAUACAAGUCUGUUCCAGACUGUAAUUUUGAAGUAUUAAAAUGGAAAAUUUAAGUACUAUGCAAAGCACGGUUUACCCUCUUAUUAUUUAAAAUACAUAUUUUGUAUAUUGUGUCCACAUAUUUUUGUAGAAGAUAGUAAUUAAGGUUACAAUGAUCUUAGCAUUCACGAUUAUAUUAAUGUUCUUGAUAAUAUUCUAAUGUUCUGAAUUUCUUGAAAUGUAACUUUAGCCUUCUACUACAUGUUCCUUUGGUGUGAUAACUUCACAAUUAAAAAGACAAGAUACGUAUUGAAAUCUAUUCAACACGAAUAUAUUAAUAAAGCGUGUUCUACUUACGUGAUUUGCAUAUUAAAUCAUAAUAAAUGUACCAAAGCUAAGUUUUCGCAGCUUAAGAAUCAGCAAAUCAAAUAACUUUCCAAAAUCAUAGAUGUUUCUUUUCAAAUUCGACAAAGCAUGUUUUUCUUUUACGAUUAAUCUGAUCACGCGGACUAAUAAGCAUUAUCAUUCGCCUACAGGAGCUUGUGUGCUAUCCUAUACUAUGUAGCAGCCAAGCCUGGUUCUUACAAACACGUAUUAAAUGAUAUGGAUAAUGACAAUUUAUCAGAACUGUUUUUAAUUUAUAGAUGGAUAUUUUAUUAAAAUGAAAUAUAUACAUACAUCAGUACUUUGAAACAAAAUUAAAAUUUUAGUUUAUCCCGCUAAAUGGUCAAAGUCGUCAUCUGCAAUUCGCUACAUUCUUCAGAAGCCGUAGUGUGAAUCUUUGUUGAUACUCUAUAGCUUUGAUAAAGUCUCAACUAUUUUAGUCUCGUAAACGGCGCCAUCUAGUGUUUUUUUUUAUUGCCCUUGUAGGCAGACGAGCAUACGGCGCACCUGAUGGUGAGUGGUCACCGUCGCCCAUGGACUUCAGCAAUGCCAGGGUCAGAGCCAAGCCGCUGCCUACCGCUUAAUACUCUCCACAAGCCUCGUUUGAAGAAGAUCAAGGGAGACAUAAAUAUUCUUAUUUCAUGUAAGCUUCUGAUUACUUCAGCGCCAUUGGAAUAGUUUCCGAAGCGGGUACUAAUGUUAAAUCAACUGAUGUCUCUUUUUUUAUUCAUAUAAUUCAUUUUUAUCGUUCAACAUAAUUUCAAUCUUCAUCUAUACAUAUAAAUAAAAUUAGGGUGUCUGUUUGUAAUAUUGAAAUAACCGCUUUUUACUACAUGCAUAUGAAUAUAUAUACGGUACAUACACCAAAAUAACAUUUUUUACAAUUUUUGUCUGUCUGUCUGUUUGUUCCGGCUAAUCUCUGGAACGGCUGGACCGAUUUUGAUGAGACUUUCACUAAUAGGUAGCUGAUGAUAUAAUGAGUAACUUAGGCUACUUUUUUUAGGCUAGCUUCGCGCCGCGGCGUCACCCGCAGUUGUCGCGCAACAUGGCGGGACUCGCCUAUCAAUAAUAAAAUUUAAUGUUUCCGAAGCGAAGCGAGGGCGGGUCGCUAGCUAACUAUAAAUUUUGGUCUUAACCUUCAUCUCUUUUAUGGAUCUUAAAUGAACCGGAGUUACUCAUGUGUUAUUCGCACUACGGCUUGAGCGUUGUAGAUUGGUUGAGCUUUACGUUACCUGAAAGUUAUUUGGUUCGAAAUCGAAUUAUUUCGAACAACGAAUUAUAGCUUUAUCGUGGAAUCCUCACCCGUAAUAUUACAAAAUUAGAAUAAGACGUUGGUUUUCACAGUAACUGUCUCAUGAAAUAAUUGAAAAUGUAACGUGGAUAGUUAAAAAAGGAGAACUUACGAAUAUUAUUUAUAUGAAAGUUGUGCAAAUUAAUAUGUAUAAAAGUUUUAAUAUAUAAUACAGCUCACCAAAUUUUUAUAAUCUUUGUAUUGAAUAAUAAAUCGUAUAAGUGUGAAAUAGGGACCUGAUAGUACAUCUUAUUUUGUUAUGAAUUAUCAAAAUUUAAUGAUCUUACUAAUGGUACACUAAACACCCCAGAUAAUUUUGCGAUUUGUUGUAUUCUGUUUGUUUUUGAAUUAUAGCUCUAAUUGUCAGUAUUUGACGAACUUUUCUCACGGCUUAUUUGGUAGGACGUCUCUUUUUAUUUAAUAAGUCAAUAACUUGAUUCAAUAAAAAAAUAUUUGAAUUCAUAAAAAAAAAAAAACAAUCAUGCUGUACACGUUCCGAUGUAAUAUUUGAGGAAAGUUUGAUUCGAUGUUUAAGUAUAAGGAAUAAUAAGAUAAUCUAGAAAAUUGUGGUGGCUGUUAUUCAUUCGUCGAGAAUGGUAUUUUGAGAGGUAUUUUAAAUCUAAAAUGCCAGAUUACUGAAAUUAUUAACAAGAAGUAUUAUGUUUACGUGAUCUAGAUUACAGGAUAAGGACUCUCUGACCGUUAAACAGUUAUAAACAAUUUGAAGUAGUAAAUACGAGCCCUGCUUGUGUUUUUUUUGUAAAUCGUUAAUAAUAGUAACGAUGUAAUCAAGUUUUGGUUCGUGGUCAAUUAGUAUUGUUUGUGAAUAAUAUCACAAUAUAUUCGAAUUAUAGGUUUCGAAGAUAUAUAAUAUUGUUUAUGGAAAUAACAGGUUAUAUGUAUACAACACCACCAAUGUUAAAUACACAACUAGAUUUUAUUUACCAAAUGUAAAUUUAUAAUAUCCAUACAACAAAUUUAAAUGUAGGAGUAGGAUUCUUUGAAAUCAUACCCCAAAACGGUGCAAAUAUGAAUUGAGUGAACAUAUUGUGUUGGAUCAAUAUAUAUGGCUUUUCGGUUCGAACGGAUGGUGCAGCCGUUUUAUAAUACAAUUGAAAUCUAACCUCAUGUCCUAAGGUGAGUGGCAGCAUUCGUCUUGUUGUAUCAAUUUGCUCCAGUACACUACAAAUAAACACCAGAUGAGCAGCGCGCUUUUGCCCGUAUCCCAAAAGAUGAACUUUUCGUCGCGGCCACUAAUAUCCUUAUGUCGAAAAGAAAUAUGAUUUCAUAUUUGGUAAUUAAAAAGUAGUUUUGUAUAAGUAUUUUUAAACUGUCAUUUUAUAAAUCUUAUAUUGAAACGUAAAUGAGACGUAUGAUUUUACUCAUAAUGCUUAAAUAAUAGAUGUAGGCUGUAUGGGAGUCGUUCUUAAAGGCGCGAAGUUAUAAUAAACUACUAAACGUAAAUGAGAAAUAAAUUCUCUUAAUACGAAGCGACCCGCAAUGUAAAGCAAAAGAAGCUUGCGGACGUUUCCGUGUGUGGGUCGAUAUAAUUUCUUACAUUGCUUGCCGUUCCAGAAAUGCUAGUAAAAUAUGGUUUUUGCAUUCGCGAUUUUCAUUGCUUAUCGUUUCGGAGAACACUUGCAACUCCUCUGUAUUUAAGACUCGUUGAACUGAGACAUUAAUUCGAUUAGAAAUAACACAUAGUUUGUACUCACAUACAUACAUACCUUAUUUAAAAUAAUAUGUGAUGGUAAAAAUUCGCGAAGUUUCUUUUCUUCGUGACUAAAUAGGGUUUCUGACUGCUGUGUUACUAUUUGGUGUAAGUAUAAAUUAAUAUACUCUAAUACGAAAUAAAUGAACGAUGUGAAACGGGCAGAGUCCGAUAUUAAUUUUCUUUCUUUGAUAUUUCCAUUACUGUAAUAAAAAUAAUUUUAAUUGUGUUGUUAAUGACACAUUCCUAAUUAUUUUUUGUCAUUAAUGCAAAUCGUAUUAUUGAUUUUGAAGAUGCGUGGUGAAUAUUUAUUACUUAAUUUAGAUUUUUAUGUAUAGUGUUUUUAAAAUAGAAAGUAAGCAUUGGUAAAGGAAUCUUACUUUCCGGUUUUCUUUUACUCAAGAUUGGCGUGAACGAUUAAACAUAAAAAUUUGAAGCUUUUGUGUUAGGUUCAGUAAAGAAUCACUUAUUCAAUAAAAGUGAAACGGAUUUUUUUGUAUUAUUUUGUUAUUUUGUAAAUUUCUGGUAUCCCUUUCAAUAUUUGUAAUAAAGAUACCAUACCACAA